AUGAUGUUGUACCCAGCCGGUCCAAAAGCCGCCACUCGCUUUCUUGAUUUUGUGAACGCCUCUCCUACACCUUUUCAUGCUGUUUAUAACGCAUCUAUCCGAUUAGAAAAUGCUGGUUUCCAAAAGAUCAGAGAGAAAGAUGAAUGGGAAAAGACCAUCCAACCAGGAGGGAAAUAUUACUUUACUAGGAACCAGUCAGCACUGAUCGCCUUUACAUUGCCUCAAAAGUGGAAACAAGGGGCUGGACUUAGUAUUGUUGCUACACACGUCGACAGCCCAAACUUGAAGAUCCGUCCCAUCUCAAAACGUACCAAAUCACCAUAUCUUCAAGUAGGAGUCGAAACCUAUGGGGGCGGAAUUUGGCAUUCGUGGCUUGACCGCGAUCUAUCUGUGGCCGGGAGAGUUGUUGUAUCCGAUAGUGACGGAAACUUCACUUCCAAGCUCGUUAAAGUUGAUCGCCCAAUUUUGCGUAUUCCCACUCUUGCAAUUCAUCUGGACAGAAAUGUCAAUGAUAACUUUAAAUUUAACCAAGAGACUGAAUUCGUCCCUAUCCUCGGUUUAAUAGAAUCACAAUUCAACUCGGCACCGGCCAAAUCAGAUCCAGCCUCUGGUCAAGAACAAAAACCUUCUGUCAAAGCAGCUUCUAGUAUUCAAGAGAACCACCACCCUGCUCUUUUGUCCCUUCUUGGAAAAGAGUUGUCAGUUGCCCCGGAGAAAAUUCACGAUUUUGAACUUUCUCUGUACGACACUCAGCUUGCAACCCUAGGGGGGAUCAACAAUGAAUUCAUAUUCAGUCCUCGAAUGGAUAACCUUGUAUCUUCCUUCUGCGCUGUUGAAGCCUUGGCUGACAGUGCUAAUUCACAGUACUUCCCUACACUGGAAGGAAAUGUGAACUGUAUAGCUCUUUUUAACCACGAGGAAAUCGGAAGUGUCUCAACUUCUGGGGCGGAAUCCAGCCUUAUACCUUCUCUCCUUAACCGACUUUCGCCAACCCCUGGUUCUUUGGCACAAUCUAUUACACACUCAUUCCUCAUUUCAGCCGACAUGGGUCAUGCCGUGCACCCUAACUAUUAUUCAAAGCAUGAAGAAAACCAUAAGCCAGUUAUGAACGGAGGAAUCGUCAUCAAGACAAAUGCGAAGCAAAGGUAUGCCACUGACGCAAUUUCGACCUUUAUCGUCAAGCAACUUGUCGAACGAAAAGGCGGAAAAGUGCAAGAAUUUGAAGUUCGCAAUGACAUACCCUGUGGUUCUACAGUUGGGCCAAUGCUAUCCAAGAUUGGUAUCCGCACAGUCGAUGUUGGAAAUGCCAUGCUGUCUAUGCAUUCUAUCCGAGAGACAGCAGGAUCCAAUGACGUACAGAGUGCCAUCGAUUUGUUCUCCGCAUUCUUUGAAGGGUUCAGCACCCUGGAUGCCACUUUGACUAUGGACUGA